AACUCCGUUCGAAUUUCAGUCGCCUGAAAGCGCAUUUUCAGGCAAAGCAGUGCGUAACUCCGCAUCUUUCAGUGCUGACAAAAUGUGAUUAGUGAUAAGAAAUGUGUCCCAACUGACCGGAAUUUUGGCAAAAGCCCAACGAUCCAAAUAUGGCCAUUGCUUGAAGCCACUAUGACGUACAUCACUGCCACCCUUACGAUAAUCAUUACGUUACGUUGCGCCCUUGCGGAUUACGCCCACACGUACGUUAGGGAGAACACGAGCAUUGUGACCUUGAAGCAGGGGUACCUGCAGGGCGUCGUCGUGGCGUUUCGCACCAAUCGCAAUUUGCCUCCUGUGGAACAGUACAAAGGGAUUCCUUACGCGGUGCCCCCCGUGGGCGACCUCCGGUUUAUGCCCCCGGGGAGCGCCCCCGGGUUCGGACGUGAGGUUAAAUACGCGAAUCGGUUCGGUCCAGUGUGUCCUCAAAAAUUCCCAGAUACGAGCAAGAUGACCCCGGAGAGAAGGGCAGAGUUUUUGAGGUUGCAACAGUUUUUGGGGCACCAGAGCGAGGAUUGCCUCUAUUUGAACAUCUACGCGCCGUAUCGAGGUAAUUCCGGAAGUUACCGGAGGUAUCCUGUCAUGGUUUUUAUUCACGGCGAGUCGUUUGAAUGGAAUUCCGGGAAUCCGUACGACGGUAGCGUCUUAGCCGCGUAUGGGAAAGUGAUCGUGGUUACGCUCAACUAUAGAUUGGGGGUUUUAGGGUUUCUCAAAGUGGGCAGCGGAGACUACUUGAAGAGCAACUUUGGAUUAGUGGAUCAGAUAGCAGCCCUGCUGUGGGUCAAGGAGAACAUCGCUGAGUUUGGCGGCGAUCCCGACACUGUUACGUUGUUCGGACACGGAACGGGCGCGGUCUGCGCCAACUUACUCAUGCUCAGUCCGGUCAUCCAGCAGGAACACAACAAAACUCUUUUUCAACGUGCGAUUCUGAUGGGGGGCUCAGCCUUGUCCGACUGGGCUUUAGUCAGUAAGCCCCUCCACGUGACUUUCCAAGUUGCCAAUGCCCUCAAUUGCCAAUUCGGGAAAGACUUCGCCGACUGUCUCCGUCGACGGCGACUCGACGAGAUUAUGACAGCUGCUGAAGUCUCCUCUUCGUUCCAAACCGUUUUCGGACCGGUUGUCGACGCUGUGGUCCUCCCAAACGAACCCAAGGAGCUCAUGACGACCUACAGUGAUAUUUUCCGAAGGUUCGAGUUAAUGUACGGCGUGACUGAGCUCGAGAGCAUCCAUCUUCUCCCAGCCGACGCUCUCAAACAAGGAAUGCUGGAGAAAGAUCGUGACCAGGCAUUGAGGAGGUAUCUGGAGUCGCGCUGCGAGAUCAAGCCGGAUUGGUGCGUGACACGCACUCUAGCUGAAUACACACAACUGGAUUUCAUGGAAGAUGAGAGCUUUGGGGGGUACAGAGACGAAGGGUUUGAUAAGGCGUCAGCGGCGAGAGAUGCCCUUUUGGACAUUUUAUCGGACGCGAGGACUGUGGCACCCAUGGUGCAGAUGGGGCAGUACCACUCGGCCCUCAACAGAGGGUCCUUUUUCUACGUCUUCACGCACAAAACCAUGUCCAAGGAAUAUAUCAGAGACAAGAGCUACACUGGGGAAGAGUUGCCAUACGUGUUUGGAGUUCCUCUGGGGGGAUCCAGGUUCCACUUCACGGAUUAUUACACCGAGAAAGAACGACUUUUCUCUGAAGUAAUGAUGACUUACUUUUCAAAUUUUGCGUAUACGGGGGACCCAAAAAUGCCUCGAAAGAACGAAUAUUACACUUUAAGUGUCAACGAUUGGAUUAAUUUUGAUGUAGAUUGGCCACCAUUUGACUCCGAACAACAACGGUACUUACAAUUGGGAAUUCCUCCACACAGAAUGAGCCACUACCGACACGACAAAAUGAAAUUUUGGAAUGAGGCUGUUCCGGAACUCACCACAAACAUUACGACUCCACUUUCAAAGAAACCCAUGCAAAUACCUCCAAUUUUUCCUCCUCGCAAAACCCCUCCAUGGAUUCUCACACAUCCUCCACGUAAAACAACAUACAUGGACAAAUAUGAGAAUUUCCACAAACCCUAUUAUGGCGUUGUCAGAGUUACUGGUACCUCUCCACCUGACAACAUACUAAAUAACGUCGUGUAUGGUACUGAAAUCAAAUCACCAAGUCCUGUCUCUGAACCAGAGAGUAAGGGAAUUUCGACCACUGUCACUAUAGCAAUGUGUUCAAUUUUUCUCCUUUCCAAUCUUUGCCUUUUCGCGGUUUUGUACAUAAUGUGUUACCGGAAGCGUAAGCAAAACGGUCAAAAACCCGACGAGAAUCCGACUGCUCCGGACGAAGAAACCGGAAGUAAGCUCAUGGAUGGGUGCAACUUGAUGAAAAUUGUCUCAAAAUCAGAAAGGAGUGAAGAUACUUAUGAAGCAGUGAAAUCUCACAGAAGUGGAGGGAGGUUCAAAGUAUCUCGUCAAAUGUCAAGUAGUACCAUCGAUGCCCAUACCAAAGUACGCGAUUGGAUAACAAAUGAAAUUGUUUACAAGUACAGUCCUAGAAUUUUGCGACGGCCGAGACAACCUCAAGACAAAUCGCAAGAAAGUAAAAUCCAAACUACUCCUCUAGAUGAUAAAAAUUCGACUUUGGGGCGCAGCCCAACGCGCCCUGUGAGUCCGAUACUGGCCGAGGAACCGCCCAAGACCCGCCCACCACUCGUAAAGUCGUCUAGUAUUCCAGUGCAGAAAAGUCGGGUCGAAAAAGUGUCAGUUGCCAUUGAUGCCACGCCCUCGGGUCGUGGGCCAAGCGUUCUAGCCCAACAACCAAUCGAAUUAACCAAGUCUUUGGACCGGCCUAAUUUUGACACGCCUCUUCGCCGGUCCUUAACUUUAGACGAUUUCACGAUGAUUCAACCGAAGCAAGAGUUGAGGAAAAGUACCACUAGUAUCAACUUGAAAUUUCCUCAACCUGAUUCAACUGUGGUACGAAUCGAACACUCCCAUUCAAAGUCUGACCCAGUGCAAGAUUUUACUCCCCGUAAAUUGCUGACAUUUGAUCCCAACUCCGACGUAAAUGUAACUAGUCGAGACGAGGAAGUGAAGGUUCCAUUGACUCCGGAAGAGUCCCUGAUGACGAUCAAGAAACGGAAUUUUCCAAAAGUCCUCCCGGAUUAUCCUUCUCGGGACGCAUUGGCUAAAAAGAGGCGUUCGAUGCCCGUGUCACAUCUGGUGUUUUCAGCAAUUCCUGAAUUGCCCCGGAAACCUGGAAAGUGCUUUGGUAAGUUACCCCCAGCUCCGCCUUUGAGGACUACAUCGACUUUGAGUCGGAAAGCUCCUAAUCAGACGCCAGUGUGCCAAUCAGCUCCGAUGCUAGCUCAAGAGCCGCCGUCUUCGCCCGAACCGGAAGUUGCUUGUAAUAAUUUGUACGUGGGUCCUUUGAUCCCUAAGUUGCACAAGACUGAACUGAGUUCGUCCGAGAGUUCAAAGUUAAAUACGCAGCCGAUUUAUGACAAGUUGCGAGUGGCUAGAGGGAGUGAAAAGACGACUAAAGGGAUUGCUAAAACUAUUAUCACCACUGACCCGAAUCAGCCGAUUAAGAAGGUCGAACCUAAGGUUAUUAUCAAACCGACGAUGGCGAGGAAUGUCAGUGAUCCCAAGAAGCACAUACCGAGGGUCAUGCUGCGAGAAGACGAGGAGAAGAAGCCGUCGUUGAUCCCGACUCUUGUGAAAGGAAAAGAGUCCUCGAGCGAGGAGUCGACUCCUUCCGAGGAGUCAGACACCGGGACUGUGGUUAAGAGAUUGUGACUUAUUUUACAGUAUUUAAGCAGUAUUUAAUGUGUUCGCGACUUUUGUAUGUGCAUAAAAUAAUAAGAUUUGUAGACCGA